UUUUAGACGUUAGCGAUUAAGCGCGUGUGUGGAUGAAUCCGUUUAAUCUUCCAUGUGUGUGCCGGAUGAUGAGAACGUUCAUCUCGUUUGUAUUUGUGUGUGUAAACCAUCAACACACAAACGUUGUUUAUUCCCCUUUUUCUUUUUCUUAUUUGUUUUGUUGUGGCUUUUCUGUAUUUCUUCUUGGCUUAACGCGAGAAGCAAAAUAAGAAGAAAUGAGGAGAAAAAAAUAAAUAAACAAAGAAAAAUAUAUAUGUCUUCUGAAAAGAGAGGGUGGGCGAAAGGCGGGAGACGAAGAGAGGGAGAAACAAGUUGGGAACAGUUCAAAGUUUGAAGUUCCAAACAACCCCGGAGUAGGAAAAGUCAGUCGAGAAAGAGAUCCUCGUUAGUGCUAGUGCUUCUUUCGUAACUCGUCAACGCGCGCUUUGACUUGCAAGUCACGCAGCAGUUUCACUUCUUCUCCCCCAUUUUUUUUUUUUUUUAUUUAUUUUUAUUUAUGUUUGAAACGUACAAAAAAUUCGUUCUAGAACCCAACGAUCAGUAUUCUUAUCCUGGACACCAGUGCAAGUUCUUAAACGACAGUUGUGAAUUGCUCUCUAGUGUGCGUGUGUGUGUGUGUGUAUCUGUGUGAGUGUGUGGUCUUUUGGUCCAGUUUCAGUCCAAAUCCUUCUCUAAAACGUUGAUUCGAUUGUGAGUCCAACAAAGUUGGCUGAAGGACGAAGAGGAGCACAAGGAAUUUCGGAUUGCUUAUCGUCUGUUAUCGUAACUGGAGCAGCAGCAGCAAAAAUACGGACAGCGUGAGAAAGUGAACGGAGUAGCAACGAGUCGUGCUCAGCUGUUAUAGGGGGGUUGGGGGGUGGGGGAAAGGGGAUACGAAGGAAAAUCUCUGUCAGCAACUCAAGGGGCUCACGUUGUCGUGAAUGUCUGGAACGGCAUCGACGAAAACAGCCAAAGAGGAAGAAUUAAAUCUUCACCAUCACGUGGGAAAUUUAAAUUCAAUUGACUUUCAAAAUAGUUUAGCGUUUUCACGCUCUUCCGAGGAGGAAACACAAGAAGUAGUUAACUAAAAAAAAAGCAAAAAAAAAAACAAAAAAGGCCCGAUAAGUAGGGCAGACGAUCCGUCGUCAUGCUGGGAAUGUUAGUGAUUGUUUUGGCCACUUUGUUGGUGCACCUGAGCCAGGCGGCCCUCCUGGACCCUAUGACGGUCAUGAGGGACGACAUCUCUCGGAUUAAAGUAAUGAUGGAAACAGUGGGUGAGCGAAUGGAACGCUUCAACGACCUGUACCUGAACAAGUUAGAGACGCGUUUGUUAAGCAGCGCCACUUCUCUUGCCCACAUUGACAGCAACGUCAAGAAUUUGCAAGAAAGGGCACACGUGUGGGACACGUUCCAGUUGCACGUUUCGGCAUGGAACGAGCAGAUAAAAUCAGUGGACAAGAAGCUAGACAUUCUGAGCAGGGGAGCUGAAAAAUGGGAGAUCCUGGACGAGAAAAUGGCUACUCUGAUGCCGUUGGAUGAUCGGUUGACCAAACUGAUGAUAAAACUAGAAGAAACGGAUGCCAGAGUGGCCGAAAUCCAGCGGAAGAUCAACACCCCUGGAGCGAACGGAGGUCUAUCGACUUCGUCAGUCGGUGAAGCGCCGCUGUUCUCUGAAUACACGAGCCGCGGGGUCCUCAGCGCUUUGAAAGACAUUGAAAUCAAAGUGAAUAAAAUCGCCACUUCAGAUCAUUCACCUGGAACCAAUCAAGAGCGAUCCGUCUUGAUCAGCGGCCGCAAAGAGGAACUGGAACUGCAGAAAAAAACGUUCGACGUGGUCAACGAUGUUGCGGGAAAAGUUGAUUUUAUCCUGGACAAAAUUUCCAUGAGUAAAAGGCAAAACGGCGGCAAGCAACAGAUGGCGCAAUCGACGGACGACAAUUCAGAAGACGUUUACGAUGACGGCGACUCGGAUUAUCCGUCUGGACCUGCUACUGGGGACAAUGGCGGAGCCGGACCGUCAUCCGGAAUUAACCAGGCCGAACGAUCUUUCGUCAAACAAUGGCGUCGGAUGCUGCAGCCCGUGAGACGGGCCAAUCAACGAUUCAAUUCUUUAGAUAAAGUUUUUGGCCAGCUGGACAAAAUAGCUAACGCCAGUUCGAUGGUGAUCCGGCGCGAUGCGGAAAUCAGGCAACUCAAAGACGACGUGGCAGCGCUCCUGGAAUGCUGUCGAGGCAAUGACGUCGGACUACGAGGAUUAACUAGAAGCGUCGAAGCCUUAGGCGAAGCAGUCAAAGCUGGCCAAACGGACGAGAAUCAGUGCGUGAGCGAAGCUGAUCUCCAGACUAGAUUAAAGCACACUCAAUCCGAGCUCAUCCGCCAGAUGGGUGACUCAUUCAAAGAGCAGAUGACUUCAGGCGUGGAACGCAUCCGUCAGACUUGCAUUGGCCAGCGGAAGAAAUCGUUGGCAAUUCACAACAACUCCAACGGUACGAAUGUUAUCGGCGACGAAGAGUCGACGACGGAAGGCGCCAUAGCGUCGCAAGGGCAAACCACGCCCGUCGGACCGGACACGGGUAAACGCGACACGAUGCGUAACAUAUCCAGCAGUGGUGCCAAAAUGAUUCCGCAGUCUCAGCCUUCCGUAUCAGCUCACAUCGGUCAAAGCGGAAAAAUCGGAGUUCGUGGUUGUCACGAUUUACGACUGGCCGGUGAGACGGAAACACGCGUUUAUUCGCUGGCGUCGGGCAAAGAAUUGAACGAAGGCGGUCGCGAUUACAACACGAGAUACUGCGAUAUGACAACAGAUGGCGGUGGAUGGACGGUGAUCCAGCGACGAGGAGAUUACGGUCUGCCCAGGGAGAAUUUCUCAGUCAAUUGGCGUGACUAUAAACUGGGAUUUGGACAGUUGGAUCGCGAGUUUUGGUUCGGCAACGACUUUAUCCACAGGUUAACAAACGAACACGACGUGGUACUUCGCGUGGAACUCUGGGACUUUGAGGACGGCCAUGUCUACGCCGAUUACGAAUCGUUCAGGGUGGACAGCGAAGAGGAUUUGUAUCGACUCUGGGUGGAGGGCUACCAAGGCAACGCCACCGACUCACUCGGCUCUCACAACGGCUACGCUUUCAGCACUUUCGAUCGGGACAAUGACGAGGCUCCCCCCUGCUGUCCUUGCGCUCCGGCUUAUGGCGGAGGUUGGUGGUUUUACAGUCUUUGGAACCAUCAUUUGGUUGGUGAUCAUCAAACGGGCAAUAGUUGCUUUGAAGCCAAUCUUAACGGAGAAUAUCAUUUGAAUCCAAUUGAAAACGAUUACUUCCGUGGAAUUAUCUGGGAAUUGUGGCGAGGCGAUUAUUCCCUUCGUGCGGUCGAAUUGAAGAUAAGACCACACGAUUUCCCGAGGAUGCUGCCUCAGGUAACCACUACCACGGCGGCCACACCCUUUCCGCCUUACCUAAGUGCCGACGACAUCAUUCCCGAAGAUCCUUAACAACACCAACACAAUAAGCUUUAGUCCCCCCCGCUCAUUUUUCUCCCCCUUUUUAAUAUACUCAUCGACAUUUUACCCCCCCCCCCCCUCUUUUAUAUACCGCAUAAUACCCCACCUUUUUCUUUAAACAGUUGCCCUCACAUUCUAGGUCUAUCUCUAUUUCAGCUAUCGAAAAGAUGAUAUUUUAUUAAUACACACACAUUUGAAAUACAA